AUCAACAAAAUUGGAUUAGAAUGACAUUGUUUUGGAUUAUUAAGAAACACCUACGAAAUAUAAUAAUUUCUCCAUGAAAUACACCGUUUUUUGAAAGUAAUUUAUUAGAAGAACAAUGUCAGCUGGAACUUAUUAUUUUGUUAUUGUUGGGCAUUCCGACAACCCAAUAUUUGAAAUGGAUUUCAUCCCUGUGACUAAAGAACCGAAGAAGGAGGACAACAGGCAUUUGAAUCAGUUUAUAGCCCAUGCAGCACUUGAUCUAGUAGAUGAGCAUAUGUGGAAGGUGACAAAUACUUACUUGAAGUCUGUGGACAAGUUCAAUCAAUGGUUUGUUUCAGCAUUCGUGACUGCAAGCCAGAUGAGAUUCAUAAUGGUCCAUGAUGCUCGCAAUGAGGAUAGCAUUAAGAAUUUCUUCACAGAUGUUUAUGAAGCUUACAUAAAGUUGAUGUUAAAUCCAUUUUACAAAGAAGACACUUUGAUCACAUUGCCUGCUUUUGAGAAAAAGGUUCAGUUUCUAGGUAAAAAAUAUUUAACAUAAGCGAGAUUAUUAGUUAUUAUUUUAAUUAAAGAAUAAUGCAAAACAUGUUACAUGGAACAAAAGGUGUAUGAAACAUUAUUAUUUAGGGAUUCAAUAUUAUGUCAUUUGACCAAAUUCAUUAUGAGGUCACUUUUUUUAAAUUAUCCUAACUGUUAUAUAGGUAAUGCUAGUUGUUAUUUAGGUUUCAUGUAAGUGUAUCAAUAUAAGUUAAAAGCAAAGAUGUAAAUAUUUAAAAUACAAAUAAAAUAACUAUUAUUAUUAUAAAAAUACUUUAUUUCAACUCAAUAUAAGAAAUGUCCCAAAACUUCAUACAAAUUAGGCAGUACAAAGUUUGACUGCAUAAUAAUACAAAGCAUGACUAUCUGAAUCACAAUGUCACAUAUUACUGAAAAUUCUCAUGUAAUAAAAUUCCACAUUAUUAGCAAGAAUAUUAUCUAGCAGUAUGUAUUAAGACUAUGUAUACAGUACAAGUUAUCACAUUAUCUUGUAAACCAAAGGGUACAUUUCAAUCUUGGAUUUAAAGAUUUAUGCAAAGGAACCUGUUUCUUACAAUAUAUAUUAAGUAUUCUGUUUCUGAUACAAGUAAUGAAAAGAAGGCUCAAAAGGAAAGUAACUUCAAGGCAAAUCUUUUAUAUUUUGCAAUAAUUUUAUACUCUAAUAAAGGCUGUAGAAUUAAGCCAACGAUACACUAGGGGGCAAAUGGCCCGAAACAUAUACCUAUCGGCGACAUGUCGAUCUUAACUUUAGCGAAGCCGGCCGAUGUCGCCUGACAUAUACGGUGACAACACACGACUUAUGUGCACAGUGACGUUGAUGUUGCCAGAUAAUAUGUCGAUCAAAGUCCGGCAACGUCGCGCUACUUUAUUCGACGUCGCUGGUGACACAAUAUGUCGCAGGACAUUAUUUUGUCCCCUAGGCUUUAGUUUUUUGUUAUUCAUCCCUAUUGACUAGUAUAUCAAUAAAUAUAAGCAUCAUUAUUUCAUUCUUGUAUUCAGGUUACAGCCAAUUUGACUUCGUUGUUAGCUUUUAGCAAACAUUUUAUGGCAGAUGUUUCUAACGCUAGAUAAAUUUUAACCGACAAAUAACAUUGAAUAUUUUGGCAAUUCUUCCAUACUAAAAACUGUCGAAUGUCAA